UUUGAAAAAGAAAAAAAGGCAAAGGAGAAGAAGAUCCAACUUAUCUCUCGCGGAUACACGACGUCUGCCUGCUUUUUCACCAUUUAUUUGUCUUUUGACACCUUUUACGUCGUUCGACAUGUCCAGCGAUCAUCGACGUUGGGAAACUUUGGAUGCGCUCAAAAUGUCGCCGAAGGGAAACAUCAAAUUUGAUCUUUUUUGGUCGGAGAGGGGUGAGGAUAUUUUGGCCGGUUAUGAGGAGAUGCUCAGCCUGUCCGCUGAGGCUGGAGAGAUACUGAAAAAACUCUGGUCCGAAUCCCCUCAGGAGUGUGCUCUUUUGAGCCCCGGUCGGUCCAGUCCUGGGCUCGCUGCCUCCAGCCGACACGGUGGUGACGUCUCCAGCCGACAGGGUGGUGACGCCACUGGCGAAGACAACACGGUGUCUGUAGCGGCCGAACAAAAUCCGAUCGCAAGCGAGAGCGAGCAGAAUGUGGAGGAAAGUUCCACGCCUCCGCCGACCGUCUCCCUGCACUCCCUUGAAGCCAGUGUAAUUGCUGGAAAAAUCUCCCAGUAUGAAGAGGCUUACCGUCAAAAAGCAAGGACAAUUUUCAGAGGGCAUCAGCAGAAGAUGGAGGACAUGGUAACUCGGGUGGCAAAGGCCCAGUUGGAGCAGAUGAAACGCUAUGAAGAGCGCAUGGAGUUGAAGCGGAGGCAGGAGUACCAGCACAUGAGUGACAUGAUGGAACGAGAAACAAAAGAGAGCAUUGGCCGUCAGGAGAAGCUAAAGGAAGAGCAGCGCCACAGACUGAAGAUCCUUAACCUCCGUGUGAGGGAGGCGGAGCAGCAGCGUCUGAGGGAGGCGGAGCUGGAGCGACAGCGUCAGACUGAAGGCAAAGAGCGGCUGCGGAACCUCAACUCCAUUCAAGAGGAGAUCCUGCAGCUCAACCAGCUUCUGGAGUCCUCCACCCAGAACCAGACCACGGCGCACCCAACCAGCGUUGGCACAUACACCACCCGUGGGAACCAGUUUUGCUCCCAGGUGUCCGAGGUGGUUCAAAAGACGGCAGAAGUACAGUAUCCCAGCGUGGAAGACAUGACCGUGGCAGAGCGUGCCCUCCACGAAAUGAGGGCGCUGAUCUGCUCGAUGCAGGAGGAAGCGGCCACAGCUCAAGAGGAGAUGAAGAAAAAGGAGCUGGAGGAGGAGGAAGAAUCCCGUCGGAAGCUGUCAUUGCUGAAGACUCAACAGGAAGCACAAAAGAAGGCAGAGCUUUCAGCCAAAGAGAAAACAAACGAGCACGGGCUGCAGAACAAUGCUAAAGACACCACUUUGAAAUGGUACAAGGACUUGCAGGAGUCUCUUGAUCAGUGCGCUCAAAGCAUAGAACAGCUCAGCUCCUCACAGGACAACCAGACGAGGAGUGUGAAGUUGAACCUCCAGAGAGCCUCCACCAUCCCCGUCAGUCAAAUCUCCUUCAAUUCUGGAUCUCAUCUACAAGAAAUCUUUGGAAAGCUCACCAAGCUGCUCUCUGGCCAGGCAGUGGUGCGUGGGGGCCAGUCUGUGUCCACCUCGCAGCACCCACAGGGCCUGGACUUUGUGUGUUACAAAAUGGCCGAGAAGUUUGUGAAACAAGGGGAGGCGGAGGUGGCGGCUCAUCACGAAGCGGCCUUCCCCAUCGGUGUGGUGGCGUCGGGUAUCUGGGAGCUACACCCCCGAGUGGGCGAACUCAUGCUUGGACAUCUGCACAAAAAAUGUCCGUACGCCGUUCCACAUUAUCCCAUGAUGAAGGAAGGCAUGUCUGUGGAGGAAUAUCAGAGAACUCUUGGUUACCGAGUGGACGACUCCGGAGUCGAAGGUCAGGACAGUUUUCUCAAAAGUAUGUCUGGCAUGAUCCGCUUCUACGCUGCUGUGAUCCAGCUGAGGUGGCCCUUUGACUCCAAGCAGGGGUCGUCCCCUCACGGUCUGAACCACGGCUGGCACUGGUUAGCACAGAUGCUAAACAUGGAGCCCAUUGCUGACAUCACGGCAACGCUGCUGUUCGACUUCCUCGAGGUUUGUGGUCACGCAUUGUUGAAAACCUAUCAGGGUCAGUUUUGGAAACUGCUUCUGCUUUUAAAAGAGCAAUACAUGGCCAGGAUUGAAGCCGUCACAAGCAGUGGACAGAUGGGAUCAGUCUCCAGACUGAAAAACUUCCUGCAGCGAUCACUGCAAGAACAACAAUUAAAUCCUCCCAAAGGCCAGCUGAGUGCCAUGUUUUGGAAGUCGUAAUGCUGGACAAGAAGCUUAUGUCUGUGUUGAGUUGGUAAAUAAAGUUAAGUUGUUUUUUC